AUGAAAGAUCUUAGAAAAACCAAAUAUUGUGUUGGUUUACAGAUUGAGCAUAUGCCUAACGAAAUACUUGUGCAUCAAUCAAAUUACACAGAAAGAGUCUUGAAACGUUUUAAUAUGGACAAUGCAAAUCCUUUAAGCACUCCAAUGGUUGUUAGAUCAUUAAAUAUUGACAAGGAUCCAUUUUGUCCAUGCGAAGAAAAUGAAGAAGUCCUUGGUUCAGAGUUACCAUAUCUAAAUGCAAUUAGAGCUCUUAUGUAUCUUGCCAAUUAUACUAGACCUGGCAUUUCUUUCGUUGUUAACUUGCUAGUAAGAUUUAGUUCAGCCCCAACAAAAAGACAUUGGAAUGGAAUCAAACAUAUUUUUCGAUGCCUUUUAGGAACUAGUGAUUUAGGGUUAUUUUGCCCUAACAAUUCAAAACAAGGCUUGAUUGGUUAUGCAGAUGCAGAUUAUUUUUCUGAUCCUCAUAAAGCUAGAUCUCAAACUGGAUACGUAUUCAUGAAUGGAGGUACUGCAAUUUCCCGGCGUUCUCAAAAGCAAACACUUGUUGCCACAUCCUCAAAUCAUGUUGAAGUAAUUGCACUAAAUGAAGCUAGUAGAGAAUGUAUAUGGUUAAGAUCGAUGACACAACUAGUUUUAACUUCAUGUGGACUUGAAAAGGAUAUAGGUCCAACUUUAAUUUAUGAAGAUAACUUAGCAUGUGUCACUCAAAUGAAAGAGGGAUAUUUCAAGAACGACAGGACAAAACAUAUACCUCCAAAGUUUUUUGAGUAA